AAUUAGCUGAAAAAAAGUUUCAUCCGGUUAACUGUCUCUUUUUCGCUCUGCUACAACAACAAACGUGCGCCGGGGCGAGGGCAGGGCGCUCACGCGGGACGCGAAGGGAGGGCCUGAGGCGCCAGGAGGCCGCGCCGGGCGAAUCCGCAGGGGCUACAAGGGCAGGCUGCAACCGGGUCAAUGUGUGGAAUAUUGGGGGGCUCGGCCGCAGACUUCGCCAAAUGGACGGGACUAUUAAGGAGGCUCUGUCGGUGGUGAGCGACGACCAGUCCCUCUUCGACUCCACAUACGGAGCAGCGGCCCAUCUCCCCAAGGCCGACAUGACCGCCUCAGGGAAUCCCGACUACGGCCAGCCCCACAAAAUCAACCCCCUCCCACCACAGCAGGAGUGGAUUAACCAGCCAGUGCGGGUCAACGUCAAGAGGGAGUACGACCACAUGAAUGGGUCCAGGGAGUCUCCAGUGGACUGCAGCGUUAGCAAAUGCAGCAAGCUGGUUGGUGGAGGCGAGUCCAAUCCCAUGAACUACAACAGCUACAUGGACGAGAAGAACGGCCCCCCUCCUCCCAACAUGACCACCAACGAGCGGAGAGUCAUCGUCCCCGCAGACCCCACGCUGUGGACGCAGGAGCACGUUCGGCAGUGGCUGGAGUGGGCCAUCAAGGAGUACGGCCUACUGGAGAUCGACACCUCCUUCUUCCAGAACAUGGACGGCAAGGAGCUGUGCAAAAUGAGCAAAGAGGACUUCCUCCGAGCCACCUCCCUCUACAACACCGAAGUGCUGUUGUCACACCUCAGUUACCUCAGGGAAAGUUCACUGCUGGCCUACAAUACAACCUCCCACACAGACCAGUCCUCACGGCUAAGUGUCAAAGAAGAUCCUUCUUAUGACUCAGUCAGGAGAGGAGGAUGGGGCAAUAACAUGAAUUCUGGCCUCAACAAAAGUCCUCCCCUUGGAGGAGCACAAACGAUGAGUAAGAAUACUGAGCAACGGCCCCAACCAGAUCCAUAUCAGAUCCUGGGCCCGACCAGCAGUCGCCUAGCCAACCCCGGAAGCGGGCAGAUCCAGCUGUGGCAAUUCCUCCUCGAGCUCCUUUCUGAUAGUGCCAAUGCCAGCUGUAUCACCUGGGAGGGCACCAACGGGGAGUUCAAAAUGACGGACCCCGAUGAGGUGGCCAGACGCUGGGGGGAGCGGAAGAGCAAGCCCAACAUGAAUUACGACAAGCUGAGCCGGGCCCUCCGAUAUUACUAUGACAAAAACAUUAUGACCAAAGUGCAUGGCAAAAGGUAUGCCUACAAAUUUGACUUCCACGGCAUCGCCCAGGCCCUGCAGCCACAUCCGACUGAGUCGUCCAUGUACAAGUACCCUUCUGAUAUCCCCUACAUGCCUUCCUACCACACCCACCAACAGAAGGUGAACUUUGUCCCUCCCCACCCCUCCUCCAUGCCAGUCACUUCCUCCAGCUUCUUUGGAGCGGCGUCACAAUACUGGACCUCCCCUACUGGUGGAAUCUACCCCAACCCCAAUGUCCCCCGCCACCCUAAUACCCACGUGCCCUCACACUUAGGCAGCUACUACUAGAAGCUUAAUCAUCGGUGGUCUUCUAGCCGAAGCCCUAUCCUUCCCACUCCUAGGAUACUUUGGACUCGAAGGAUAUAUGUGGCCUCGAAGAGAAAACAAAACUGGAUGUUCUUUCUUGUUGGAUAGAACCUUUGUAUUUGUCCUUUAAAAACAAUUUUUUUUUAAUGUUGGUAGCUUUUGCUUCCUCUACGUUCAACAAAGAGAUGGAUAAUUCCGUGGGCCAGUACUCCAUUUUGGAUUCUCAACCUCUUAUCAUCUUAUGAAUUAAACAUUUAGAUUACUGGAAUGGUUUUCUAUGGUUCUGGGAAAGAAAGAAACUGUAAAAUCUCUUUAUAUUUUUAUGACCAAAGCAGUUUCUUCACAACACACGGGUCUCAUCAUGGACCCUGUGGGGUUCAGUAUGAUAAAGAGUCAUGGGCUUAUCCGGUCAUGUUCUGGUUUGAGUCUUAGUGAAAACAGACGCAGGAAGCUUAUGAUCUUAUUUUAGGAGGACUUGAUUCAGUGGAUGGCAACUGGAACAUUGGCUGUAAGGCCAGUGAGAACUCAACUGGAAUUUAAAAGAAAGAACGUGUGUGUGCGUUUAAGAAGCCAUGGGCGUUGCAAACUCCUUCUCAACGGGCAAUAUGCACUAGGCUGACCAUUCUCUCUAGAAAUAGUCAAGAUAGAAACUACAGAAUUUUAAUGCAAAUACAGAUAUUACUGAAAGACAGAGAAUGAGAAUUAUAUAGCUAAUUUUUUUUUUUUUUUAAAUAAUGACAGUGGGUCCCAGAACUUGGAAGAGUCUUAGGGAUUUCUAAAUACAAGCAGAUUCACAAGCGCUGUGCGUUUGUCAGACCAUCAGUCCAAGGUCAACCAACCAGAAGGCAACUUACUGUAUAAAUUAUGCAGAGUUAUUUUGCUAUAUCUCACAGUAUUAAAAAUGAGUAAAUAAAAAAUUAAAAAGAAUAAAUAAACGAGUUGACCUCGGUCACAAAUACAAUUUUACUAUCAAAUCAGUCGUCGUUAUUUUUUUAAGUGUAAUUUGUACAUCUUUUGUCAAUCUGUACAUUUGGGCUGUUUGUACGUUUUUAUAGCUGGUUUUAAAAAAGCAUAAUGUGACUAUUGUGGAAAACAGGACGUAUGAGUCACCGACUUAGUAGAAAGAAAAGCACUCUUCUGGUGUGGUUAUUUAACAGGAGUGCACAAGGAAGUAAAAGCAAUCCAUUUAAAUCUGUAAUGCUUGGAAAUGUUUGUAAAUAACAGGACUGCAAUAAUCACAACUUGGAAAAAAACCAAACUUUCCCUUGUGGAUACGAGGGAUCUUCCUGCUCCAUAUAUGCAAUAUAUUUUUUAGACAUUAAAGUAUAUAUAAUUUUUCAGGUAAUCAUUGACUUUUUUAACUAUAUUAAGUGUUAAGCUGACAACUGUCAAUGAAGACUAUGUUGUAAAAUAAUUUGACUAAAUAAAUUGUGCCUUCU